ACCAAAAUAAGAUCAGACUAAAGACUAUAUAUAUUACCAAUUGAUUGAUUGUUAUUUGUACAAAGUAAAACAAUACCAAAAGAUCGCCUAACACAAAGUGAAAUUCCAGACUAGCUAAAUGGGAGAGACAGCAGAAUUGGAGAAAAAUGAUCACAAAGUCGAAAAGAAGGACGAGCAUGUCGACGAGAAGAAAAAGGAGGGUGAAAAUGUCAAGGAAGAGAAUAUUGGAGAAGAGAAAUCUAAGGAUAAGAAGGAGAAGAAGAAGAAAGACAAGGAAACUAAGAAUAAAGAGGAUAAAGAAGAUGGUACUUCAAAAGAAAAAAAGAAAACCAAUCCUGAAGAUCCUGUGAAACUUAGGGCUAAACUUGAAAAACUCAACACCAAGAUUCAAGCUCUCAACCUUAAGAGAGAGGAGAUUCUCACACUCAUUCAACAAGCUGAAACCAAUGCCCCAAUACCAACUCAAUGAUUUGAUCUUCACCACUUAUGUAGAUGGAGAAGUUUCAAAAAUAGAAAUAUUUAUUAGUAGUUUUAUGCCUUGUAUGCAAAUUUAAAAUAACAUUAUCCUUGUUAUAUAUA